CACUUGUCAACAAUGCAAAAAUGGAGGUUUCUGCAAUUCUGGAAAAACAGGCUGCACGUGCAAACCUGGCUUCAAAGGAAUAGUGUGUAAAGAACAUUGCCCUCAGGGCACUUACGGGAUUGGAUGCAAAAACCUUUGUGAAUGCCGGAAAGAUGAAAUCUGCGAUUAUAUCACUGGACAAUGUUAUUGUCCUUACGGAUUGGAUGGCGAAAAUUGCAAAAAAGGAUGUCCUCAAGGACGUUAUGGUAUACUGUGUGAAAAUCGAUGUCCGAAAUUGUGCCCGACUGGUUACUGCCAGGAACAGCACGGUUUUUGCCUCUGCCCUCACGGUCGUAGGGGCAAGAAAUGUAACAAGCAUUGUUCUCCCUUCACUUAUGGACAGAACUGCCAGCGAAAAUGCAAGUGCAUGUGGAACAACGCCAGAGCCUGUGACCCUCAGACAGGAGAGUGUUUGUGCCGAAAAGGAUUCUCUGGCAAAUAUUGUGAAGUUCAAUGUGAAGGAAAGCUGGAAGACUGUAUGUUGCGAGACGGCGUCCCUGUUGUAGUGUGCGAAGAAGGGUUCUAUGGACGGAACUGUGAUAAACCUUGCCACUGCGAAAAUGCCGUCUCUUGUGACUCUGUGUCAGGACAAUGCCAAUGUUUUCCAGGAUGGAAGGGAAAACGCUGUGAUAAAGCUUGCAGUCCUGGCUUCUUUGGAGAAAACUGCAGUCAGAAGUGCACGUGCAGCAGCAACUCCUUGUGUGACAGUAUUACUGGCAAGUGCGUCUGUCCUCCAGGAUAUCACGGAGUACAUUGUCGGGAGAGAUGCAACCAUGGCCGUUUUGGGUCAAACUGCAAACAUAAAUGCAACUGCCAUAACAAUGCCACUUGCGAUGCAAAAAGUGGUGUUUGCCUCUGUCCCAACGGAUUCACCGGAAGUCGAUGUGAACAUUCGUGUCCUCCUGGAUGGUAUGGUCAUCAUUGCCUGAAGCAAUGUGGUUGCCUGAAUUCUGCACCAUGCUCUCCUGCAUCAGGAGAAUGCAAAUGCCUCGCUGGGUACUCCGGCCGCUUCUGCGAAAACAGUAAAGCAAACUUUAUAUUAAUUUGA